AUGUUUUUGGAAGCAUGACAGCAGGACCUGUGGGCCUAGGGUCUGCACUCCCUGCUGUAAGAGCCUCUUGAUUCUCAGAAACACAAACUGCUAAGGUUUACUGACCUUCCGGCCCAGGGCAAGUCCCAUUCAGUUUGGCUGUUCCUAACUGAUCAUAGCUUUGUUGAGUAAGAUGAACUGCUUUGGUUCCUUGUGAUUUGUUAAUGGUCUUAUACUUGUGCUUGAAGGCAUUUUGGCCACUUUAAAACCACAAACAAAUAAUUUGCUUCCCUUCAGGCCUCUUGCCCAAACAGUGAACAUGGGUAGGUAUCGUGAGCUUUUAAAAAAAAAGUGAACACAAAAACAGUUUGAGUCAGUCAUCUGGUUUAAAAUCAGUUUUCUUUGAAGGUUUUAUGAAGCCUGGGGGAAUAGAAAUAUCUUUAAUAUAAAAAUCAAGGAAAUGUUUCAUAUAGUGGUCUUCUAAGUUUUCCCUGAAGAGUAGGGGGGAAGCUAACCUAGUUCGGUCUUCAAGAGCAAAUGAGUGAAAUUUAACCCUGUCAGUUUAUAAUGAAGGCUAGAUGCAAGAAGUAGACAGUAUGACAGGUGGAAGAGCAGAGGUGCUAUCUGUAAGUUCUAAUACUGAAAAUGAACAAGAGCAGAGAAUACAGUAUAGCUGUUUAUAUAAUCUAAGAGUUUUUUUUUUUUUAAGAUAUUUUUGCCAGUCUCAUGUUAAUUUCUCCCAAAUUAAGUCCUGUGUGUUUUCAAACUUGAAUUUUAUUUUAGCUAUCCUUUGCUCAAUAGCUGGUACGCCCUUGCAUUUACUUGUGGUAGAUUUGCCUAGAAUUAACAAUGGGUGUUUAGGAAGUAAGGCUCUGAGGGGUUUGCCCUGGCAUGUACAUUCAUUCCUCAGCCAGGGUCUUGCAGGCUUGGAGCUCUUUGAGGCUGGGGAACAGGGUAUCUAUUUCAGUGAUGAUUAACGUCCAAAGUGGUCAGAUGGAUACAGAUAAGCAGAGUGUGUUUGUUUGUUUUAAAAUGAUUGUACCUAAGAGCAUUUUUUGGGUCUAGAAAGCAUAAAGUUUCCUUUCCUAACUCUGACCUGGAGAAGGCAUUGCUGCCUGGUUACAUUUAAGGUCUGAGCAGUGAUUUUCAGAAAACAAAUAGCAAAUUUGUUUAAAUAGCUUAGGCUUUCUCCUUUGCCUUCCUGCCUUACCUAGGAAGGGGAGUCACUUAACUUGUUCUGUAGUUGAUUGAAUAAUUCAUAGUUGCAUGUAUUUCUCUUUAGCCUUUCUGGAAAGGCUUUAUUUUGAAUCGUUUUAUGAGUUAAUAAAAGCUGAGUUCAGUCCACAGGCUUAAAAUAAAUAAAACAAUACACCUGUGGAAGCAGGAAAUGGUCUAGUGCAGUUAGUACCUCCCAAUGCAAACUGGAAGAAUGGGAGAAGCCUUUUCUUCCAAGACCGUUUCAGAAUAUAGCGCUGCUUAUAUCCUUUCCAGUCUUCUAAAACUUGAGUGGUAGGGGAUGAAUUUCCUAACAUUCAAGGCAGAAACAUGGAGGAAACCCAAAGUCUUCACAGUCUGUAAGAUGAGCAGCUCCUGUUGGGAUGAGAUCUCUGAAAAUAUUUCAUUGCCCCAUACUUUGGAUUUUCUGUGCCUAGCACCUUCCCCUCAGGUAAAGAUUGUGAGCUGCUGAAAUCAAAAUGACAGUGAAGUUACUGAGGAAACAUACAGAUUUUUAAAAAAAUUAUUCUUGAGACAAUAGGGAAGAAUUAUCUUUGUGUGACAAUGUAACCUUAACUCUGGGUUGACCCUAGCGCUGGGUUCAUAUCUGGUUCUGGAACAGGGAGUAUUUAGGUAGACUCUUCUUAAGGCCAAUAAAUGUUGAAAAUUUAAGAUGAGAUCAGCUGUUUGAAAAAGUGAGGACAGAGUCAAGUUUUGAAUUUUCUGGAAAAUUGGCAUACCCCUCUGAUCUACAGAAACAGAUUUUGACUCAGCUCCAGGAUUUAUCUCAGGAUGGCCAGUGUCCCGGUGAAGGAACGGGUGAAGGUGUCUCAGAACUGGAGGUUGGGGCGCUGCCGAGAGGGGAUUCUGCUGAAGUGGAGAUGCAGUCAGAUGCCCUGGAUGCAGCUAGAAGGUGAUUCUCUGUACAUAUCCCAGGCUAAUUUCAUCCUGGCCUAUCAGUUCCGCCCAGAUGGUGCCAGUUUGAACCGUCGGCCCCUGGGAGUCUUUGCUGGGCAUGAUGAGGACGUUUGCCACUUCGUGCUGGCCAACUCGCAUAUUAUCAGUGCGGGAGGAGAUGGGAAGAUUGGUGUUCAUAAGAUUCAUAGCACCUUCACUGUCAAGUACUCGGCUCAUGAACAGGAGGUGAACUGUGUGGAUUGCAGAGGGGGCAUCAUCGUGAGUGGCUCCAGGGACAGAACGGCCAAGGUAUGGCCUUUGGCCUCGGGUCGGCUGGGGCAGUGCUUACACACCAUCCAGACUGAAGACCGAGUCUGGUCCAUCGCUAUCAGCCCAGUACUAAGCUCUUUUGUGACAGGGACGGCUUGUUGUGGGCACUUCUCACCCCUAAGAAUCUGGGACCUCAACAGUGGGCAGCUAAUGAUGCACCUGGGCAGCGACUUCCCCCCAGGGGCUGGGGUGUUGGAUGUCAUGUAUGAGUCCCCUUCCACGCUCUUGUCCUGUGGCUAUGACACCUACGUUCGCUACUGGGACCUCCGAGCCAGUGUCCGGAAAUGUGUCAUGGAGUGGGAGGAGCCCCACGACAGCACCCUGUACUGCCUGCAGACUGAUGGCAACCACCUGCUGGCUACCGGGUCCUCCUACUAUGGGGUCGUGCGGCUGUGGGACCGGCGCCAAAGGGCCUGCCUCCACGCCUUCCCGCUGACCUCGACGCCACUCAGCAGCCCCGUGUACUGCCUGCGCUUCACCACCAAGCACCUCUAUGCGGCGCUGUCCUACAACCUCCACGUCCUGGACUUCCAGAACCCGUGACAGGGCCACCCCGGCCUGUGGGCCAGGAGGCCAGCUACUCAGGGACCUCUCUGCCUGGAGGGUGCAGGGAUACCUCUGCCCUCCCCCACCCCCCGAUGCCUGUGCUCCUAGACCUGCGACCACAGUGCUUGGGCACCGUCAGGUAAAGGCUGCUGACUCCCGGGAAUUGGGGGGUACCCUUCCCAGGAGCUAGAUGGAGAGAAGGGAUCUGCUGCUUUGACAGAACAGCUGAACCUGGCCGGGCCUUGCUUCCCUGUUGGCCAGAGCAAGGAUCUGGUCUGGACAGGCCAGCCCUGCCCCUCACCCCUUCUUAGAGCCGUGAGAGCUUCGUGAGGUGAGGGGCUCCAGCCGUCCCUUUCUGCCCCUUCCUUGGAAGGAGGGGUGAGGCUGCCAAUCCUCUGCUCUGGCCCCUACCUCCUCAGUCAGUCCCCUCUCUUGACCAAGCUCUUGGGGCUCAUUCCUGGGGUACUGUGGGCUGGUCUCGCUUUGAAACUGAGGAAGGACAAAGGGAACUGAGCAGUUUUGAGUGAGUUCUGAGACAACCCAAUCUCAGGCUGGCUGCUAAGACAUGCUACAAUGUUCAUUUUUUUUAAAAAUAAAGCUUGAUUGUUGAGUUC